CGUAACUAAUGUAAUACCAUAAUGCGUUAACGCUCUUCAUUUUCAUUCGCCGGUCGCUCAUCAUUCCUUGACUGAGUUUAACGCCGCCAUCUUUCUUUUCUCACAAGUCUUGUCGGCUAGGAGAUAAAACAUGGGUUCCGUGGAACGUGCCGGUGAUGCGACUUCCGAAGUGGAGACAGGAGAUGAGGAGGAAAUUGCUGGUGGUGAAUUAGCAGCACACCUGCUGAAAAGUGGCAUCACUAGAAACGAGAUGCUAGUUGCUAUCACCAACCGCAUCCACGCUGAAGCGAUGGCUUCAUUACCUCCCAACGUGCGUCGACGAAUUCGCGCACUCCGGUCUCUUCAGAAAGAGUUUGUAGACAUCGAGGCCAAGUUCUACUCUGAGGUUCACGCGCUAGAGUGUAAAUACGAGAAAAUGUAUAAACCGCUGUUUGAAAAGCGAGCUCAAAUAGUAAAUGGUUCUUAUGAGCCAAAUGAUGAUGAGUGUCUUAACCCUUGGCGUGAUGAAACUGAAGAGGAGGAAUUAGCUCGUAGUGUUCAAAAUGCUGCUAUUGCUGAUAGUGACGAGAAGAAAGAAGAAAACAAAUUAGCAGAGCCACCCAUGGACCCCAAUGUAAAGGGCAUCCCAGACUUUUGGUAUAAUAUAUUUAAAAAUGUUUCCAUGCUGUGUGAAAUGAUGCAAGAUCAUGAUGAACCAAUUAUUAAAUGUCUUCAGGAUAUUAAAGUGCAAAUGCAUGAAGAUCCCAUUGGUUUCACCCUCGAGUUCCACUUUGCACCCAAUGAUUACUUCACAAACACAAUUCUUACAAAAGAGUACUCCAUGAAGUGUAAACCGGACGAGGAAAGUCCCUUGGAAUUUGAAGGUCCAGAAAUUUACUCAUGCAAGGGCUGUGAAAUCAACUGGAAAAAAGGCAAAAAUGUAACAGUAAAGACGAUAAAGAAGAAACAGAAACACAAGUCCCGAGGCUCAGUUCGCACAGUCACCAAGUCAGUUCAAGCCGACUCAUUCUUCAACUUCUUCUCCCCACCUCUGAUGCCCGAUGACCCCAAUUCCACCCUAGCUUCAGAUACACAGGCAUUGCUAACGGCCGACUUCGAAGUGGGCCACUACAUCCGCGAGCGCGUCGUGUCGCGCGCCGUGCUGCUGUACACGGGCGAGGGGCUCGACGAGGACGACGACGACGACUACGAGGAGGAGGAGGACGAGGAAUGUUCGACGGAAGAGAGCGAGGACGAGGAGCCCGCGCCGCGGAGGCGCGCCAAGAAGCACGCCGCCAGCGGCCAGCACGACUCGCCCGCCGAGUGCAAGCAGCAGUAGCGCCCGCCGCUGGCACUCAUUUCCGUUCUCAAACCGCGUCUUGGUGCUAUUGCAAAAUACUACAAACGGGGCAACGACUCGGGUCGAUUCGUACCUAUGGGCACAUGCGUGGCUGACGGCAUAACGUUCGUAUUCAUAUCUAUCGGCAGACGUCUACUCGGAGAAACUUUUUAUAAUCUCUAAAUAAUUCGAUAGAUUUUUCAUCAAUCAUAUUUUUUUUGUAUGCGAGACUAAUGACAAGUUAUCGCUAGCCACAGAUAUGUGCAUACAAGUACCGAUACAGGCAAAAUAUUUGUCAAGAAUUUCUGUGGAUGCCGGUUCGCAUGUGCGGAUUAUGCUGCGAUAAACCUUCGCUAGAUGUGAAUACGUUAAUUUAUUUGGAAAAAUGUUAAAUAGCUACGUGCGAUGUCUGUAGAUAUCAAUCUACCUUGGUUAAAAUGCACCCAAUUAUUUUGCGCUGUUUCAAAGGCCAGUCUGUUUACAUUUGUGUUAAAUUCUCCCAUCUUUUAAAAUAAAUUGUUUAAAAAUUAUAAUUUCUGCAAAAUUUUUACAAGGUUUUACGUCGAUAUUUGACAUGAGGAGCAUGUAGCAUACAUACAUUAUUUACGUGAUCAAUCAACGUGCAAGUUUGUUGCGCUCAAUUUAAUAAAAAGAAGAUAACAUUCCUUCUUGUUAAUGAUAUAUCGUUAUUCUCUUAUUAAAUCUAUCCGCCUGUUUCUAUCUUAUUUGAAAAUGCGAUCAUGGUGAAAUCGCUAAUAAUAUCGAAUCAUUGACAGUAUUUAAUCCAAAUGAAUAAUCAUAUUAUUUAAAUCACCAAUUUUGGUUCUAAAUAAUGUUAGCGAAACAAUUGUGAUGUAAUUGAAUUUGCUGUAAAUUAUGUAAACAGCUGUCAUAACGUUUAACUGUCUUUAAGACUGUAUACUAGUUUUAAUAUAAUCAUUUUUAUGUCGAAAUAUUGCAAAGUUGCAUAAAAAAAAGCACAGUAAGGUGCAAAAAAACUCAGAUUGAAAACCAGUUUUGAGAAGCGUUGAGUUAUCGCAUACACCAGCUACUAGGAUAUUUGUACACAACAUUUUUAAAAUAAAUUUAGUUUUAAA